AUCAUAGAUGGUCAUCCAGGGCAGCCGAGCGAGGCUGGGCCUGAGCGAGAGGGAGAGCGGUAGCGGGGGGAGACGUGAAACGGCGCUGACCCGGAGUCGGGGUUUAGGAGCCAUUGUUGUAAACGGAGAGACAGGGACGUGAGCGGCCAUUGAGGGCAGCCAGGGUGCCGGUGGGCUCCCCCAUCUGCUCGGUGUGCGGGCUGAGCUUCGAUGGAGGACCACAUGACGGGGCACAACAAGGAGAAGCGUUAUGAGUGUGACAUGUGUGGCAAGGCCUGGCAGUGCCUGAGCGAGCUGGAGGCCCACCGGCUGGUGCACACGGGAGAACGUCCCUUCAAAUGCUCGGAAUGCGGCAUGAGCUUCACCCACUACCAGUACCUGCAGGGGCACAACAGCGUGCACUCCAGCGAGAGGCCCUUCACCUGCUCCAACUGCGGCACGAGCUUCAAGACGGCGAAUCACCUGAAGAUGCACCAGCAGGUGCACCCGGGCGAGAAGCCCUAUGGCUGCUCCACCUGCGACAUGAGCUUUGUCCAGUUGUCGGGGCUACGGCAGCACCGGCGGGUGCACAGCAGUGAGCGACCCUUCACCUGCUCCGACUGCGGCAAAGGCUUCAAGUCGUCCAUGCACCUGAAGAGGCACAGGCACCUGCACGCAAGCGAGCGGCCCUACACCUGCAGCAACUGCGGCAAAGGCUUCACACAGUCCAACAAGCUGCUGUCCCACCAGCGCACCCACACCGGCGAGCGCCCCUACACCUGCACCCAGUGCGGCAAGGACUUCACCCAGUCCGGUCACCUGCUGAAGCACCAGCGCACCCACACCAGUGAGCGCCCCUACACCUGCACCCAUUGCGGCAAGGACUUCACCAGCUCCACCAGACUGCUGUCCCACCAGCGCAUCCACACCGGCGAGCGCCCCUACACCUGCGCCCAGUGCGGCAAGGGCUUCACCCGGUCCAGAACCCUGCUGGAGCACCAGCGCACCCACACCGGGGAGCGGCCCUACACCUGCACCCAGUGCGGCAAGGGCUUCACCCGGUCCAGUAACCUGCUGGUGCACAAGCGCACACACACCGGCGAGCGGCCCUACACCUGCACCCAGUGCGGGAAGGGCUUCACCCGGUCCAGCAACCUGCUGGUGCACAAGCGCACACACACCGCGGAGCGGCCCUGCACCUGCGCCCAGAGCGGCAAGAACAUCAUCUGCUCCAGCAGCUUGCUGAUGCACCAGUGCACCCACACUGGGGAGCGCCCAUACACCUGCACCCAGUGCGGCAAAGGCUUUACCAGCUCCACCAAGCUGUUGUCCCACCAGCGCACCCACACACGUGAGCGCCCCUACACCUGCGCCCAGUGCGGCAAGGGCUUCCUCUGCUCCAGCAGCCUGCUGUCCCACCAGCGCACCCACACCGGCGAGCGCCCCUACACCUGCGCCCAGUGCGGCAAGGGCUUCAUCCGGCCCAGCAGCCUGCUGUCCCACCAGCGCACCCACACCGGCGAGCGCCCCUACACCUGCACCCAGUGUGGCAAGGGCUUCAAGGGCUUCACAUCAGCGAGCGCCUCCACUCGCUCCUCCAAGCUGCUGUCCCACCAGCGCACCCACACCAGCGAGCGCCCCAACCGCUGCGCCCAGUGCGGCAAGGGCUUCACCCACUACAGCACCCUGCUCGCCCACCAGCGCAUCCACAACAGGAAGAGGCCCUACCGCUGCACCCAGUGCGGCAAUCGCUUCACCCAGUCAGGUCACCUGGUGGAGCACCAGCGCACCCACACCGGCGAGCGCCCCUACACCUGCGCCCAGUGCGGCAAGGGCUUCACCCACUCCAGCACCCUGCUGAAGCACCAGCGCACCCACACCAGUGAGCGCCCCUACACCUGCACCCAUUGCGGCAAGGGCUUCAACAGUUCCACCAGGCUGCUGUACCACCAGCGCAUCCACACCGGCGAGCGCCCCUACACUUGCGCCCAGUGCGGCAAGGGCUUCACCCGGUCCAGUACCCUGCUGGAGCACCAGCGCACCCACACCGGGGAGCGGCCCUACACCUGCACCCAGUGCGGCAAGGGCUUCACCCGGUCCAGCAGCCUGCUGGUGCACCAGCGCACCCACACCGGCGAGCGCCCCUACACCUGCACCCAGUGCGGCAAGGGCUUCACCCGGUCCAGCAGCCUGCUGGAGCACCAGCGCACCCACACCGGCGAGCGCCCCUACACCUGCACCCAGUGCGGCAACGGCUUUACCAGCUCCACCAAGCUGCUGUCCCACCAGUGCACCCACACAGGUGAGUGCCCCUACACCUGCGCCCAGUGCGGCAAGGGCUUCAUCUGCUCCAGCAGCCUGCUGUCCCACCAGCGCACCCACACCGGCGAGCGCCCCUACACUUGCGCCCAGUGCGGCAAGGGCUUCACCCGGUCCAGUCACCUGCUGGAGCACCAGCGCACCCACACCGGGGAGCGGCCCUACACCUGCACCCAGUGCGGCAAGGGCUUCACCCGGUCCAGCAACCUGCUGGUGCACCAGCGCACCCACACCGGCGAGCGCCCCUACACCUGCACCCAGUGCGGCAAGGGCUUCACCCGGUCCGGUAACCUGCUGAUGCACAAGCGCACACACACCGGCGAGCGCCCAUUCACCUGCACCCAGUGCGGCAAGAGCUUCACCCGCCCCGGCACCCUGUUGGAGCACCAGCACACCCACACCAGCGAGCGCCUCUUCACUCGCUCCUCCAAGCUGCUGUCCCACCAACGGGUGCACGACGACGCCCGUCCCAUCACCAACCCUUUGUGUGGAGAGCGCUUUACCACGGCCUCCCAUGCCCUGUCUCACCAGCGCGUGCACACCAGUGGCCAGCCCUACGACUGCCCGUACUGCGGUGUGGAGUUUGACAGCUCGCGGGGAUUGCGGCAGCACCGGAGGACUCACGCCGGCGAGCAGCUGCUCCCACUGUGACAAGAGAGAACGGGGGCUGCGGGAGCAGCAGUGGAUACACACCGGAGAGAGACCCUUUGUGUGUGUUGAGUGUGGCAAGGGUUUCACCCGCCUUGACCACCUGCUGGAGCACCGACGAGUCCACUCCGGCCAGUGCCCCUUCACUUGACCGCUGUGCAGCAAGGCCUUUGCCUGCCCCUCCAGCCUGCUGGCACACUGCCACGUGGAUAGAUAGACGCUGUUUAGGAAGGCACAAAAUGCUGGAAGGAAUGGGUAACGUUUCUGGGUCGAGACCUAUCUUCAGUAUCGACCCGAAAUGUCACUCAUUCCUUGUCUCCAGAGAUGCUGCCUGUCCCGUCGUCUCCGCGCAUUCCAUUCUCUAGGCCCCCAUCCUCUCAUCUUCACCAUGGACGUCCAGUCACUCUACACCUCCAUCCCCCACAAGGAUGGUCUCAAAGCCCUCCAGUUCUUCCUCGACCAGAGAAGCAACCUAUACCCACGUG